AUGUCUUCAAUUUAUGAACAUACAAACGAUCAAGAAAACCAUGAAGAGGAGGAAGAACCUAGUUAUUCAUUGUAUGAAUUUUAUUUAAAUUCUCGGAAAGUAAAAACCAAUGAAUCGGAAACGAAAAAGAAUGAAGAAAUUGAAAUUUGUUUUUGGAAUAAAUUACAAGAUGAUGUAGAGGACGUUUUUGAUGAAUCGGGAUUUGCAACUCGCCCUGAUCGAAGGUUUAGACAUACCGCUGUGUAUAGUGCUAAAGAAGAUGCCAUGUAUGUGUUUGGAGGAUUUGUGGAAGAGGGAAAUGAAUCACAAAAUGAUUUUUGGAGGUUUGACAUUCCGUCACGUUCAUGGACCGAGAUUUAUCCAACCAAUUCAAAUCAGGUUUGGCCAUCUCCUCGAAUGGAACAUUGUUCUGUCAUGGUUAGCCUUACUCCAAGACGAUUUAAACGUUUUGAAAAUAUUAUGGGACAAAACGAUUUCAUACCCUCUCAAGAAAAUAAUGAAACCACAUAUCUCCACAAUCAAAUGUACAUAUUUGGAGGCUAUAGUUCCCAGAACACGCAAUUCAACAAUGAACUCUAUUGCUUUGAUUUCACCCAUAGCAAGUUCUUUAAAAUUAAUUACCAAGUGACCCAACAAUUAUUUUACUUGAAUGUGAAACGAGUUGAAUAUGUGAAAGAACGUUCACGGCAUACCAUGGUCGCCUCAGCAGGUGACGAGAAAUUAUACAUAGUGGGUGGAAUGACAUUCCUUUCACAUUGUUUGAUGGAUGUGUGGGAGUAUGAUAUUGAUACUCAAACCAUGACUUGCUUGUGGCAAGAUCGAAAUGAAGACCAAUCUGGUAGUGAUUACACAAGUUCGCGUGAGGAAGCACAGGAUUAUCCAGAACCUAGAUGCUUUCAUUCUUGUGUAUAUUCAAGAAAAGAGAAUUCGUUAUACAUGUUUGGAGGAAUAAGGAGAGGAGCCAAAUUAUUUCAAGAAUUGUGGAAAUUUGAUAUUUCACACAGGAUUUGGAUUGCUGUCGACAUGCAUGGUUUUGUACCUGUUGAAAGAUUUGAGCACAUUUCAUUCAUGUUGAACGAUCUCUCGGAUUAUUUAUUUAUUUAUGGAGGAUACAACUUUCGACAUUCCUAUCUCGAUUACAUCUAUCAGUUUUGCCUUAGUACCAAAACAUGGAUUCGAUUGCAAAAUCGUAACUACACAGUCGGAGGAAAAUUUCAAAGCAAAGGUUCAAUCUUAUUUGUGGAUUACAAUGAGACACCUAUCAGUCGAGCUGGGACGUCAUGCAUCGUCACUAAAGAUUACCACAUGAUCAUCUUUGGAGGAAAAUCAUGCACCUUACUGAAUGAUGCAUUUGUCUGUUUUUUACCAGGUCAUGGAAGAUUGCCUUCUGUGAAAUUAGAAUUUCACACGACCUUGUAUCACACUGCUUUGACUAAUACCUCUCUAAGUGAUUGUUAUAUGGUUACAGUCACUGACCUCAGAUAA